AUGGAAAUGUUGUCGAACUUGUUAGAUUCCUGGGGCCUGAAUCCGCCCUCCAGACUCAGGCGAUUUGUCUUUGAUGUCGUUGCUUUCCGUGACGAGUUGGCUAAAACGCGCCCCAAACAUUCCGACCCAACGCGCCUGGUCCAAGUCGACAUCUCUGGCGAUUACUGGGAACUCGAUGUUCACUGUGACGCACCAAACAGGGAUCCGGAAGCCGAUAGAAGGCUUCUCAAGAACGAAGCGUGGGUCGACACCAAGUCUAUCGAACCUACCCAUGUCCGGUGCAAGGCGUGUAAACAGCGCGUCAAUUUCUUCCGCCAUAAUUUUUAUUUGAGAGAGUGGCAGGACCAUAGGGAUUAUUGCCCGGUGAUUAUGCAUAUGAUGAAGCGCUAUGUUUGGAUGAUGCUCAUCAACCAGACUCGGCAUAGGGAGAUUUUUUACCUUCCGAAUAGUCAGGAUCCGAUUCCGCCUGCGCCUAUUUGUAGAAAUCUCCUUUCGUAG